GCUAUCUGUAGAUCAGGAAGACAAAAAGUUGCUCCUGAGCCUUGGUGUCACUCAACAGGAUUCCUUAAGGUCAGGUGCCAAUGGUGAAAUGGAGUUUGUGUCGGCUUGGAUCAUGUCUGCUUGGACUCUACCAUUUCUGUGUUUUUAUUGGGGCACGCAUGCCCAGCAGGCCUUCAGGACUGAGCCCAGGAACCUCACUGUGCGAAUGGGAGCCACAGCUGUGCUGAAGUGUGAGGUCCUCAGGGCCUCGGGGAUUGUGCAGUGGGCGAAAGACGGCUUUCUUUUGGGACCUCAGAGAAGCCUGCCAGGCUUCCCACGCUACAGCAUGAUUGGAAGGAGAGGACAGUAUAAUCUCAGGAUUCAAGAUGCACAACUCGAUGAUGACGCCUUCUUUGAAUGCCAAGCCGGCCAAUCUGAGAGAAGCGAUGCUAUUGUCUCCAAUCCAGCCUUUCUCACCGUACAAAUUCCCCCAUCGAAGCCAUAUUUUGCCACGGAUGUGACAACACCCUGGGUGGCUGGAAAGAAGUACAAGGUUGAGUGUGUGGCCCCUGAUGCAAAGCCUGGAGCUGAUAUCACUCUGUAUAAAGAUGGAGUCGAUGUGACAGGUGAAACGUCUUUUACCACAUCUGGCUCAAAGGAUAAGCUUCUGAACACGCACACUGAAGUAACAGUCACUGCUCUGAGAUCUGACAAUGGGAGAGAGUUGACAUGUCACGCCAACAAUGAAGCCGUUUUCCAGCCGGUGGUGACCACAGUGACCAUGAAUGUGUAUUAUCCUCCUGAGCCUCCAUAUAUUAUUGGUUUGGACGGAGACGUGGUUAAAGCAGGGAGUUUGCUCGUGUUGGAGUGUGUAUCCCAUGGUGGAAACCCCCUGGGCACUCUCCAAUGGACUAAGGAAGGUGAAGUUCUCUCGACAACCUGGGGAGAGGAAGUCGUGGGCCAGACGUCCAGAAAUAUCCUCAGACUAAAGAUCACCCCUGCUGACAACCAGGCAGAGCUGAGCUGUGAAAGUGCCAAUAUUGUCUCCCUGUCUCCUCUGUCCAUCACCCGCAAAAUAACAGUGUUCUUCGGUCCUGCGAAGCUGACGCUGUCGGGUUCGCUGGAGGCCAUCGAAGGGCAGGAGUUGACUCUGAGCUGCCAUGCGUCCUCGAGUAAUCCCCCAGUCCACAUUCGCUGGUGGCUGGGGCACAAGGAGCUCAGCAACACCUCUGUCACAAUGGAAGAGGGAGAGAACGGAGGGAUGACAACCACCUCCAAUGUGACCCACCAGGUCUCUCGGGAGGAAAAUGGACUGGAGCUUACCUGUGAGGCUUUUAAUAAUGGCACUCAUCUUUCCAAAAUCCAGGCUGCUAAGCUCACUGUAUACUAUCCUCCACAAAAAGUUUUUAUUGAUUCACCGCCUGAGGACAUCCCUCUUCGCUCGGGCACCAGAGCCCUGCUUGUUUGCCACUCGGCUGGAGGGAAUCCUCUUGCAAAGCUUACCUGGUUUAAGAAUGGAAAAAAGGUUUCGGAUGCACAGGCACAGACGUCCUCUAAUAUGGUUGUAACUCGGGUGCUCAACCUGCUCCUGACGGCGAGCGACAACCAGGCUGAUUACCGCUGUGAUGCCACAAAUGAGGCAAAGAGAACAAUAUCAGCACAUGCUAAGCUACUGGUCCAGUUUACAGCCGUGAGCAUGAAGAUUACAGGCGAAGAAGUGUUUUACCGAGGUCAGCAGAUGGAACUGGUGUGUCUUUCUGGGAGCAGCAACCCAAAGUCUGACAUUUCCUGGAAAGUGGGCCCAUUGAGAUUCCAGGGAGUUGAGGAGGCACCCAAGAAAGCUGAGUUUGGGGGCGUUUCUGUGCUCAGUAGGCUUCACCUGAAUUUGACUUCACAACAGCACAACCAGAAGGCAAUCUGUCAGGCCUACAAUCCUGUGUUGGAAGAGGGAACUAACACGUUUUACCAACUGAAUGUGAUAUAUCCUCCUGAAUUCAGUUCUGAGCAAGCAACAGAAGUCCAGGUGGUGGAGGAUGAUGUGGCAACCAUCCCCCUGAUGGUCUCAGCAAACCCCGAGGUGGUCUCCUGCAUUUGGCUGCGCCGCAAGCAGAUGCUGGUCAAAGACAUACGCCACCACUGGUUGGAUGACCACUCUUUGGAGAUUAGGAAUGUGACAAGAAGAGAUGGCGGACUUUACACUAUCAAAUGUGAAAAUGGUGACGGUGUCAACGAAACCAGUGUUAAACUGGAUGUUUACUAUGCUCCGAGUGUCAAGGCAGAGAAAGACCCUGUGUAUGUGAACCAGGGAGGAACAGCAGACCUGAUAUGUGUGGCAGAUGCCAACCCCAUUAUACCAGAGAUGUUCUCUUGGAAAUGGCUGGGAGAGGAAGAGGUGGAGAUGGGAGAGGGGACCAACGAAAACAAAUCAAGCUUGCUGACCAUUCAUAAUGUGACUCGGGCUCAUGCUGGUUUUUACCAGUGUACAGCCAGCAAUGGCAUAGCACUCCCUGGCAGUGUGGAAAUGAAGCUGGUGGUGCAAUUCAUUCCUGAACUUCGGAAAGGACCCCAGUGGAGGAAGGUUGCCAGUCGAGGGGAUGGCACUGCCACUGCUGAGUUGGUGUGUCAGGCAGAGGGCAUUCCUCCUGUAGAGUUUACUUGGGAAAAGAAAGGGAUGCUCAUAGAUUUGGCAAAUCCCAGGUAUGAGGAGAGGACAGCGAGAGAUGGCUCUUUCCACACCAGUACUCUGCGAGUGGUGAAUGUGAGCGCCACUCUGGACUACGCCGUCUUCAGCUGCACUGCUCGCAACUCACUUGGGGAAGACAAGCUAGACAUCCAGCUCGUCAGCACAAAUCACCCAGAUCCACCUUCAUCAUUCAGUCUUGUCAGUGUUACCCAUAACUCCGUCACUCUGGAGUGGAUCCCUGGCUUUAAUGGGGGUUUGCAGCAGAGAUAUCGCAUACGAUACAUCUGGGACCAGUCUGUCAGCUUCAUGUAUGUAGAUGUCGUUCCCCCGGAUACAACAACCUUCACCGUUACCGGUCUGCAGCCGCAGACCACCUACAACUUCUCAGUUAAUGCCCUGAACUCCAUAGGAGAGAGUGGCUAUGCUGACGACGGUGCAGUACUGACCAUCACCACUGAGGAUAUGGAAGAGGAUGAAUCGGAUGAUGAAACACAGGCUCCGAGUGGCCUGCCAACUCAUUUGACUGUGGCCUUCACAGUGGUGUUUGGAGUCCUGCUGGUGUUGAAUUCGCUGGGCUGUUUCUUUGGGCGGAAGUGGAAAAACAGGCGCGACAAAACAAAGGCAGAAAGGGACAGUGUGGUGAAUGGACAGAAGAGUGAAGAGGAUGUGUCAAGUCAAUCAACUAGCAACUCCAAUAAGUAUGAGAGCAGAGAAAAAAUCAACACCGGAGCCCAACGCACCCUCCUCAUUGACACUGGAUCUGAAACAGGGAGCAACGUCUACGAGAGCUACACAGCGUUUCAGGAAGACUCCCAUUAUCAUUAUCCUACUGGUGACUAUAAACACUACCAUGGUCCACAUCUUGAGGACAGGCAUGACCCUGGUGCUGUUCCUGUGAACUUUGAAAGCCAUUUGUAUGAAGACGUGGGUGACAGAAGAGUGCGGCAGGACACACUGGCUUCCUCUCUUCCAGCCCACCGUCCACUUUUCUCUGAUCACAGACUGAUCCAGCAAGCAGAGGACUGGAGGUCACCAACCCACCAUCAGGGUUUCAAGAGAGACGGGCAGUUCAUGAAUAAUCAACAACCAGAGCGGGAUUACGAUCUACCCUUCGAAUUACGAGGAGAAUUAGUCUAGAUUGAGACAAUGAUAUCAAUCAAAUAAUUUGACUAGAUAGUAGAUACUGAGUAAAUUGCUGUAAAGAAGUAUAAACUCCUGUCAUACUGUUUUUUUGUUUCUAGAACUUGGUUCAAAUGAUAUUGAAUGAUUAAGAUUAAGAGCAAAAAUAAACAUAAGUUUUUCAACUUUAAA